UACUUAAUACACAUCCAAACGGAUACACUUGGUAAGUGAUGGCCUCAUUAUGCUCAAGGCAAUGCUGGUUUGCUUUCUUCCUCGUUUUGGCAAUUUGGGCUAAUCAAGCUACCCCCCGUGAGCUCCACGAGUCAUCAUCCAUGGCUGAGAGAUAUAAGCGGUGGUUGGCAAAAUAUGGAAAGUCUUAUAGGAGUGCUGGGGAGAGACAAAGGCGCUUCCAGAUAUUCAAGGAUAACGUUGAGUUUAUAGACUCCUUCAAUGCUAAAGGUCACAAAACUUACAAGCUAGGCAUUAACAAAUUUGCUGAUCAAACCAUUGCAGAGUUUCAGGCUACCCAUAAAGGAUAUAAGAGGCUUGGAUCCAAAAGGUUAGAGAAAACAUCAUUUAAGUAUGAAAAUGUGACUGUUGUCCCUCCUAGCAUGGACUGGAGAAAGAAAGGUGCUGUUACUCCUGUAAAGGAUCAAGGGAAUUGCUUGAGUUGUUGGGCUUUCUCAGCAGUGGCAGCCAUUGAAGGGAUAAUCAAGAUAACUACAGGUAAAUUGAUCUCUCUAUCUGAGCAGGAGCUUUUAGAUUGUGACACCAAAGGUAUCAAUCAAGGAUGUAAAGGUGGUCUGAUGGAAGAUGCAUUCAAGUUCAUAAUAAGUAAGAAAGGCAUAUCAAGCAGAGCUAAUUACACUUAUAAAGCAAAUCAAGGAACUUGUAAAAAAGCUCCCCACGAAGCUAAAAUCAAGAGAUAUGAAGUUGUUCCUGCCAAUAACGAGACAAAAUUGUUGAUGGCUGUGGCCAACCAGCCAGUAUCUGUUUGCGUUGAUAGUAGGUCACAAGACUUCACGUACUAUGAAAAUGGUAUUUUCAUGGGAGAUUGUGGAACUGAGGUUGAUCAUGGGGUCACCAUAGUUGGUUAUGGUACCACAAGUGAAGGGAUAAAAUAUUGGCUUGUCAAGAAUUCAUGGGGUGAUGAUUGGGGUGAAAAUGGAUACAUGAGGAUAAAAAGAGAUGUUGCUGCUAAGGAAGGCCUCUGUGCUAUAGCUACGGAUUCCUCCUAUCCAAUUGCCUAAAUUAAAUUAAUUUGCAUGGAUUCAACAGUUCUCAAUUAUGCAUUUUCAUUUUCUUAAAAUAAAUGUUGCCAAAAUCCAGACUGUC